GCUAAGCAUAAAUAGCCGCGAAUAGCAACGCCCAUAGUUCCGUUCCAUACUAUACCAGUAGCAGCUAGGUGGUUUGCUUGGAGCGAGACGGGAGCAACGACGCGGGCAGCGGCGAUUGGCGUGGAGAAGCUAGAUUAUUGGUGUGACUUUCCGACCGCGAAAAUAGUAGGGCUGGCAAACCGGUGGCCGGCCGGCGAUCCGGCCGAGGCGAUGGGGAGCAUCGACGGCCACUCGCUGCAGGGGCAUCAGCAGCAGCAAGGGUACUCCCACGUCGGCGCGGGAGGGAGCAACGAGGAGGAGGAGGCGUCGCCGCCGCCGGCUGGUGGCUCGGCGGCGGGGUCGGCUGGGCGCCGGCCGAGGGGGAGGCCACCUGGGUCGAAGAACAAGCCGAAGCCGCCCGUCGUGGUGACGCGGGAGAGUCCCAACGCGAUGCGGUCACACGUGCUGGAGAUCGCAAGCGGCGCCGACAUCGUCGAGGCCAUCGCUGGCUUCUCCCGCCGCAGGCAGCGCGGCGUGUCCGUGCUCAGCGGGAGCGGCGCCGUCACCAACGUCACGCUCCGGCAGCCCGCGGGGACGGGGGCCGCUGCCGUCGCGCUGCGGGGGAGGUUCGAGAUACUUUCCAUGUCUGGCGCCUUCCUCCCGGCUCCGGCUCCGCCGGGGGCCACUGGUCUCGCCGUGUACCUCGCCGGCGGGCAGGGGCAGGUGGUGGGAGGGAGCGUCAUGGGAGAGCUGAUCGCGUCCGGCCCCGUCAUGGUGAUCGCGGCCACGUUCGGCAACGCCACCUACGAGAGGCUGCCGCUGGACCAGGAAGGCGAGGAGGGCGCCGUGCUGUCCGGGUCGGAGGGCGCCGCCGCGCAGAUGGAGCAGCAGAGCAGCGGUGGCGCCGUCGUGCCCCCGCCGAUGUACGCCGCCGUCCAGCAGACGCCCCCGCACGACAUGUUCGGGCAGUGGGGGCAUGCAGCGGUGACUCGGCCACCGCCGACGUCCUUCUAGUACUGCACCGGUUAAUCAAUGUCUCUCUACCUGGCUAGUUAGACUUCCACCUCUUCCCUAGUUGUUUUAAGUAGGUUAAUCAUUUACCAUGUUAAUUAAUGUGCUAUGUAAUGCAUAAGUACUCGUGUGAUCUUAUCAUUUCAUUCUCUUCCGAGCUUGAAGAAUGUACAAUUACUAUGCGUAUCAAAAUCGACAGUGGUUGCUCACUUGCUCCUU